CAGAGCCAUUUUUAGACGGUCACUGCUGACGUUUACAGGCUGCAAAUAGCUUCCGUUUCCCUCUGGUAGUGAUUGGACUGCGAGCUAACACAGAGUCCCAGAUCCUGCACUCUUCAAUGGAGGAACAGCCCAAAGAUCGGGCACAAGAAAGGCAACACCACCACCACGGAGAGGACAGACCCUCUACUCAACAGACAGCGUGUGUAAAACAUGAUCAGAGCCACUUCCAGCGCCAGCAUCAGGAAACGCAGAAGAAGAAAACAGGCAUUAAAAAAGUAAACGUCAGUGAGGAGGAGGGGGAGAAGAAUCAGCAUCUGUCUGAUACUGUUGGUAUGUCGCAUCUCCCCAACAGCAAUGGUAACAGACACGCAAGUAAUACAAAUGUGAAGCAGAAGUCAACGCAAAAGCUGUACACGACUGUUCCAAAAGUGAGCAGCAAAGGAUUGGACCAUAAAAAGAAUAUGGACCUUAAAAAUGACAAGGAAAAGGCUCUGGAUUUGAAUCAUCAUGAGGGCCAACCUUUGGAUAAGAAAGACUCUAUGUUGCUUCAGAAUGGCGUUGUAAACUGUGGCUUAAUUACAAAUGGUUAUUCUAGCAAGGACAAUGAUGGCAGCGGCUCAGAAGGUGGAUAUACUACUCCGAAGAAACGCAAGACCAGAUGUAACAACGCCAAGAACACUGAUAAUGUGAUAAGAGAAAAGGAGAAAGACAUGCAGCAGGGCAACACUACACAAGAGCACGGAGCUUUUAAUCUGGAGACAGCUGAGAAGGGAGUGACUUCUAGACUGGAUGGCUUUAGACCCGCCCAGAAAGUCGAAGCUCAGUCAGCAGGUAGACGGGCUGUUGCACCAGAGGCUCCACUGGGUGAAACUCAGAGGAAAAACUCUGAUGGGAAAACAGUUGGCACCGUCAGUAAAAAGACUGAGGAAAGGCACAAAGCCAAGCUUUCCUCACCUUCAAAGGAGGACUCGUGGACUUUGUUUAAGCCCCCUCCAGUAUUUCCUGUGGACAAUAGCAGUGCAAAAAUUGUUCCCAAGAUCAGUUAUGCAAGUAAAGUAAAAGAGAACCUCAACAAAGUAGCUCAAGGUGGAGGAGAGGCACUGCCUCCUCCUGUUAGACUGUCACAGGUCCCUAUGUCUGCUAUGAAAACUAUCACCUCAGCUAGCUUUACUAAUGGCCCAGUUUCUGGAAACGGAAACGGCUGCCCGUCAGUGGGCACCUUCUUUGCUCCUGCUGCUAGUAGUAUUCCACCAGCCCCAUCUAUCCCAAGUGGCGAGAAUGUAGCAUCUCCUUUGGAAAGUAGCUGUAGCUCUACAACCAGUCCUAUAGAUGGAGAAGCAUAUGAGCUUAGAAAGUGUACUCUUUUAAUUUACCCUUUAAAUAUGCAACCUGUGCUCCCUAGUGCUCGUCACCAUGACCCCCCGGCUGCUCAGACAAAUCAGAAAGCCUUGGGAGAUAUCUUCCAGAAUCAGUGGGGGCUUUCCUUCAUCAAUGAGCCCAACUUGGGGCCAGAAGGAGGAGGUGGCCAGGUGCCUGCGGAGGACAAGACUACUGUGGUCACGCCUCAAAGCGAGUGUCAGGCUGCUGCAGCCAAGGCGGCCCAGCCCUGCUUUGAUGUUAGUCCAUCAUUCUUAGAGCCCGGCACUUUGGCUCAAGACCCUGAGAAAAGGACUUGUGCCCCUUGCAAUGUGUCUAAUGCUUGUUCUCCUGCUUGUGUGAUGAGCGAGGAGGAGAAGCUGCAGCCAUGUGGCCAGGAAAAGACAAAAGUUGAGGCCAAGGGUGCAGGUUCUGCUGUGUCUGCUGCCAGUAAAGACAACAGUGCUAAGCCUGCACAGGGUCAGCUAACCACUGUGUUGUUUGGCUCAUCUAAACAACAGGCCCACUCUAAAGACAUUGGCAGAAGGUGUAGCUGGGGGCCUUUUGAUAUUAAAGCUGCUGUCACUUAUCACACUAAAGAAAUGGAAUUCAUUUUCAACUUGCAAAAACAAGAUCCAAAAAGAGUGGUAGUUUAUGAUGAGACCAAGGACGGACCUGAUCAGUGAGGUAGAAGCUCCACAGUACUUACCUUCUUCUCCUUUGGGUGCUGCGAUUAUCUACCUUGGGAAUCAUAAAUCCUGUCGGACGGAUAAAAGUGACAACUGUGAAAACAUUGAUAGUUUUAGCAUGACAGAUUUUCUUUGGAAUCUCUCCGGUGGAAUAACGGACUUCUUUUGGGGCAUCACACACACACACACACACACACACACACACACACACACACACAUACACACACUAACAGUCUGGAGGGACGUUAAAGGAGCUGAUCGGUGCCUCUCCAACACGAUAAAUGGAACUUUUGGAGCUGGGAUAGUUGUUUGUGUCAUGGCGGGAGUUCAACAAAGGAAGGUGUGAUGGAUUGCACCUCCCUAAGCCUUGAUCCUGUUGAACUGCAGCAGCCAUCAGUCUGACUAUGGGAUGCCUCAGUCAUUUUCUUUCUUCACGCAUUCAAAUGAGUUCAUUGUAGAUAUGUUAGACGUUAUACAUACACAUCCGUGUGCAAGCUUGAAUUCAUCGUGGAAGAAAGAACAUAGAACACACUUUUUGCAAAAGAAUGCCUUGAAGUUGUGGAAUUUUAGAUCUUUGGAGUUAAACUGUAAGUUAAGUGGAAGCUUGUAGGUGAGGCCUCAUCCAGGAAGGGAGAACCUUGUCUUAAGUCCUUUUUUAGGGAAAUUCAGAGCCCAGAAAUGAAUCGCUUGCUUUUUCUUUUAUACUGUUUGUCUGCCCUAACAUGAUUAGUGUUAUCUGCACUGCAGUAUGACCCCAGAGCACAGGUACAGAAGUGCCCAAUCUGAAGGAAUCUAGGCCCCUUCAUUUCAUCGUUUAUUGCUAAAGAUUUUAAAGUCAGGUCUCCGUCAAAGGCAAAAUCUUUUCAUCUUUAAAGCUUUUCAUACAUUUCAUGCAGAUUAAGAGGUCAGAACCAACUAUUCUUAACUUCAGAUUCAUACAGCUAUAUAUAAUGUAUGAAUCCUGAUUUUAGGUUUAAAAAGAAAUUGGUAAGCAUUGCUACCGGUGAGGUCUUCUGCUUUUUGUGCUAUUUGUUGAGCAGCAAGACUCAGGAUGAGCAUCCAGAUCAUUUUGCCUGCAUUUGUUUUUGUGUACAAACUGUUCAACUUCCUCUUGUCAAAGGAACAUUUUACGUGUUGCAUUUUAAGACUUUGAUUUUCGUUUUUCUGACUCAGCAUUUGGUCUUUACUUUUCUGUCUUAUGGCAUUAUAUUUCUUGCAUGUUUACUGGUGAAAUGAAUGAGUCAGAGGUCAGUGUUCAUCGUCGCCAUACAAAGAUAACAGUAACACAACAAUCGCAAUACUAAUCUCGGUUCCCUGACUAGCCACUCUGUCAAACUGUGUCGAAAUGUGAAGAUGAGUUGUACUAUUAUGUUUUUACUGUUGAUAACAUUUUACAUUUGCAAACCAGUGUGCAAUAACACCGUGUGAUCCAUACAAUGUUUGAAAUGGGUUAUAUGGGGCUACAAAAUCAUCACCCAAGAUGCUGGUGUGGUUUCAAAAUGUUUUAAGGUGUGUUUUCAGUUUGUUGCACAAACUCUUAAGUGGUUUUUGCUGAAGAGCUCACGUUGAAAUCUAAUUAAGUCUAGGGAGCCCAAAUUUGCUAACUGCUAACUUGCCCACUGUGUCACACUUUCAUCACCAUCUCCAAUUCAGGAUUGGUUUAUUCAACAUAACUGUCCAAGUUUCUUUUCUCUAGAAGAUAAUGACUUGGUUAAUGUGUGGAUUAAUAGCACUUUAUGUAAACUAAUUGCUUUUAUCUUUUAAUUACUAGAGAGAUCUAUAUGUACUGACGAGAAAUACUCCUUGAAAGAAUGGCUCUGGGCUGUUACUUUUCAGAAAAAAUACAAGUUGAUAAAUACAGAAUUAUUAAAUGUAACUCAGGUAGUGUUGAUAAAGCCAUGACUAUGUUAAAUAUUGUUUUGCCAAAUGGCCCCUGUCAUGUAAUGUUCUGAAAUUGGAAAUUGAAGUCCUAUUAUUAUAUAAGAGUCCUCAUGUGAUGUUUUGACAAAACACCAAAUACUUUUCUGAGGAAAUCUGUCAUGACACGCAAGGUGCUGUCAUCUAAAAAUAUAAGUUCUGCUGUUUAUUUCCCCUGUUUUGUUUUUUUAAAAGCACAUUGCUCCAUGCGCUGUUUUUCUACGUAUACUAGACUUUAUUCUUGCUAUCUUCGAUGGUUCAUUUCCCCCCUCGUGUUCAUGGUGAAGCAUCUCUUGAUUUAUUAUUUCUAUCGGGUGGCGACAAUCUGGGUAGGAGCCCUGGAGUCCCCGUGUUUCCACUGUGUCCUGAUUAGGCAGCGUGUGCAGAGAGGGAAACUGCAGCCAGUCGUCUUGACAUUUAACUUCCACGUCUAAUCUCAGUCAGCUCUCUGGUAUUUAAAACGCUUUGUUUUGGCUCGCGUUGUGCAGCGUGUGAUGGAUGAGUGUGUCAUCAGAUGCUGCUCCACAACAGUUGUGUCACAUCUGGUUUAUGAGGAGGAGAUAUUGUCCUUUAGCAUUUAGACUUUUAUGUUUGUUUUUUUUAUCUGUGCUUGUGGAAAUGUAUAAUCUGGCAUUGAGUUGCAACAAACCCGCAAUUUAAUUUCUUCUGAUUGCCCAUAAUCCAUCAACAAAGUGACAUAAUCAGGUUCCCAUGUGGUAAAUGCCAAAAUAGUUCAGACUGAAAGCAUUAUCAGUGGACAGUGAUGCAUCUAUAGCUUCUAAAUGUUAAAACAGGGUGAUCAAAAUAAGUAGUAUGUGGUGUUACUGUAGUCUUACGACCUUUUUCUUCUUUGUCUUGCUCUUUGAGAGGAUGGUCCUAUACAGGGAAAUCAGAGAAUCUCCCAUCCUCCCACCCCAAGGCUCCUCUUUUGUAAGCACUUAAUACAGCAAAAAGGCUAUGUUGAAUAUGCAUUUAUAAAGAUAGAACUAUUCUUUAGCAUUGUAGCCUGCAAACCAAAAACAGGUUCUUGAAGCUGAGUAGAUGGUUAAUCAGUAAACGGGGGUUUGAGUGAGUGACUGACUGUUGGUAUGUUCCUGAUCACCUCAGGAUGUGCAAUCACCUCAAGGACGCUGAUGAUGCAGGCUUCCAGGUUGUGAGUGACGAGUUGGGCCUCGUUGUUUAGUGGCUGUGUGCGUAGCGAGUUCUUCCUAUUAUAUGCAAGUUCCUCGUAUAUUUCAAACCCCCCUUCCUCUCCUCCUUGUUGUUUCAUGUUCAGGUGCCUGUGUGAAAAAAAAAUAUACUUUUACAGCAAUUUUGAUUGUUUAAAAUCUGCUUCCAGCAUAUAUCCGUGCCAUUUUUUUUGUUUCUUCUUUUUGUAACAUUUGCAACGCUGUUUAAGUUUUCUUACAGCUAAUCCUAAUUUCUUCUUCUUCUUUUUAAGCGACAUGGACGCAGCUGAAAGCAUUUUACAUGUUUUUUUUUUUUUUGUAGGUUUUGAAAUUGUCAUGGCUUGUGUUCAAAAUGGUGUGACCUAAAAAGCCAAAAUCAGUUUGAAUGGGACAGAUGACAACCGCUUGCUGGCGUAUACUCGUGUCAGUCCAUUGUCCAGUUAAUGUCUGACGUAGCACAUAAUUGAUUUGAACUGAUUUUUAACAAAAUAAUGUUUUAACAUAUGUUUUAAAAAGGUUUUCUUUUUAGUUAUAACCUAAUUUAUCCAUAGAUGCACAAGUAGGAUGAGACUAAAACGAAUAAAUGAUACAGAAAAUCAAGAUGUCUCAAUUUUCGUGAGUUUUUAGAUGAUUUAGUUGCAGAUAAAGGCUGAUGUAGACCUAUCCACCCCACCCCCCAAUUGCACCAAUGUUAAUAUAUUUGAACUUUUUUUUUCUUUUCUUUUUUCCAGCAGAUUUUCUACAAUUUAAUUCAAAUAGUUGUGAUGGAGUGAUGAGCAUUGAAACACUGCAUCCCAGAGUUCCUCUUAAUAUAUUUUUUAUUUGUAGUGAUCAUGUUGUGAGAGAGGGAGUGAGGUAUUAACGUGCGGUUCAACAACUCUGAAAUCUGCUUUCGCCAAAGGUACACUACUCAGAUAUUCAGCUAGUGAAUGGCAAGCGCACAGACCAGGGGGUUGAUGAUGUUGAUGAUGUCAUAACCAGCUCGGUGACAUCGUGCUGGGUGGGAGGAGUUUCUAGUGAGGAGGAGGAGUCACUACUGUAGCAGCUGAAUGUCACUUUGAGCGUGUUGUGAGGAGAGGAGCAAUCUUCAAAAGAUAAAACAAAUACCGAAAGUGCUGCUUCUUCAUCCAGUAAUCAAUCGUCUGUAAUGGGAAAUGCUGGACUUUGGUGUUUGUGCUUGACUUUAAAAAAAAAAACUGUCCCUCCUUUUAAACUGUCAUUGCAUUUAGGGGGCUUUUUUUGUUUUAUUCAAUGACACCUGAGAGGUACAGUGUUUUUGAUUCCACACAUGAUGAUAAAGUUUAAAAAAAACAAAAAAAAAACAGGCAACGUGUCUUUACAGUCAUGAAAAGAGGCGAGAUGUUGCGCCGAGUCAUCGUUUUCUUUUGUUUCUGUGUCAUCUCAAAUGGCUGUUGUGCUUGUUGAUGCAUUUUUCUUUUUUAUUUUUUUAUUUCUUUGGUCUGCUCCUCUUGUCACUUUUACAUCUCUUGCCCCCCCUAGAAUAUGAGGCAAUGGUAUUUCUUUCUCAACUGUCUUACAGGUUGACAUUUAAGUUUUCAAGUGAGCAGUCUGAUUUAUUUAAUUUUUAUUUGGAAUUUAACAGAAGUGUCACAAUACAA